CAAAGGGCGAGUUCGCAUCGCAGCGUCGCCCGCAGCAGCAGCGGACCGCAGACCACGCCACCUCAGCCAGCGACAGGGAGCGAGGGAGCGAUUCGAUCAGAAUCGACAUGGACGGCGGCGAGCACGAAGCGGAGGAGUCCUCCUACAAGCGCCGGGAGCGCCUGCUCGCCCUCCGCUCCGCCGCAAACGCGUCUCCGGCAGGGGCUCCUCCGCCGACGGCCGCGGGGAGCAUCCUCCCGGACCCUGACCUCCCGGGAGACGAGGCCGCAUCCGUGUGCCCGACCCCGCCCCAGCGGUUCGACUACUACACCAACCCCGCCGCCGCCUUCACUUCCUCCUCAGGAGGUGCCACAAAUCCCACCUGGUCCCACAAGCGCAAGAGCCCUCCCGCCUGCUACGCCCCGCCUCCGCCUCCGCCGGCUUACGGGAACUAUGGCAGCGACUAUCACCGUCCACACCAGCAGCCUACAUCAUGGCAAGUUCACUCAACAUCCCCGAUGCCACAAGAUGCGGCAAGGAGCAGUCCAUGGCAAAGCCCUAUGCAGUUCCAGGAUCCAAUGUCAGGAUACCAAGGAGGUCCUCCCAGCGCUCCACGUCCUUGGGGCUCACAUUCUGGUCCUGGAGGCCGAGGUUCUUAUUCAAAUCCACCAAACUUUGGGUUCAGACACCCGAAUCCCAGCCGGGGUGGCAGCCCAAUGAACUAUGGACCAAGAGGUGGCCCAUAUUCAUCUUAUGGACGUGGCAGGGGGCCCAACUACUUUGGCAGCCCAGGAUCAAGGGGGAGAGGUGGGAGGGUUGGCUGCCAUGGCCGGAGUUACUUCAACAAGUCAAUGCUUGAUGACCCUUGGCUGGACCUGCAACCUGGUGUCGGCAACAUACUGAUACCUAGGGGUGAGUAUGACUCCAACAAGUCCUGGCUCCCAGAAUCGCUGCGAAAAAAGAAGGAAACGCCGCCUGCUCAAGGGCAAAUUAAACCGACGCCAGGAUUGAGCCUAGCAGAAUACCUUGACAUGUCUUUCAAUGAGGUUUCUGAUAAAGAGAAGUAGGCUUUUUUUAUGUAUGCAUAGCUACGACGACAGGUUGAUGUUUGUUUUUGCCAUCGUUUGCAAUAGAUCUUUGGAAGCACCUCUUCAUUACAACUUUGUAGGCUUUGUUUUUUUUUAAAAAAAAGAGAAGCAGAACUUUGGAGAAGGGAAAGUUGCAAAGGUUGCGUAGCAUGUCAGCGUUUUCUGCUGGUGCAUUAACGACCAGUGCCUGUUUCGUCUUGGAUUGCAUAGAAAGUUUGGUGGAGAUUCUGUUGAAGGAAAAAAAAAGAAGGGUGCAAAUCUUGUGCCAAAGGUCAGCUGGAGAUAGAUGCUGCGCUUUUCUUUCUUUGUUGGUGCAUAUAUGUAUAACGUGAGCAUCCAAAGUGAGCUAGGCACAUAAUAAAAAGCGCACAGAUCUUUUGCGUGAUGGC